GGCAUAAAAUAUUGUCUUAAAAUCUCAAGUCAGCUUUUCUCUAAUAGGGCUUUUACUCUGAUUUCUACAGCAGUGGUUUCUCUUUGAAUGAGAUAAGUUUGGAGGACUAGAGCAAAGAACAAAUUGCCAUUUAUUACACAGAAGAAACAUCUAAAGCCUUAACACAACGAUCUCAUGUAAAAUAUUGCAACUUUAUAGUACAGCAUUGUUGCAACGUUGCAAAUAAAAAUGGCUAGUUCGUCAACAAUAUGUGAAUUUGAAGAUAUCUUCAAAAGAUAUGAUUCGAAGAAUAAGUUUUGUAUGGAAGGUGAAUUAGACAUUUCUAAUGAAGAUUCAAAAUUAUUUUAUGAAACAAAGACUGGGCAAUCAGAUGUCUUGAAUAUAUGGAACUAUGAUACAGAACAAAUAAAUAAGUUGUUUUUAGCUUGUGAAGAAUCUGGUUUUGGACAUAAAAGAGAAUUAGUUUUUGAUGAAAAUGUAAGAAUUGCUAAACAACUUAGCUCAGAUCGUUUUUCUUUUCAAUUCAAUCCUGAAUCAAAGCCUGAAAUUAAAUAUUCUGUAAAACAACUUUUAAAUGGAAAACAAUUCACAUUAAAACCAUACAAAUUGAAUAUAUAUCAAAAGGGUGGUUUCUUUUUAACUCAUAAAGAUACAAUUAAAGAUAAAAAUAUGAUAGCUUCAUUAGUUUUAUGUCUGCCUUCGACUUUUAGUGGUGGAAUUUUAAAAGUAUCAAAUAAGCGCGGUAUUGAUGUUGAUAUUGAUUGGUCUUCAAAAUCAAAAGAAAAGAAAAUACAAUGGGCUUGCUUCUUUACUGAUUGUGAUCAUUCUAUCAGUGAAGUCACUGAAGGAAACAGAAUAACCAUAGUCUAUAAUGUUAUAAUUUCUAAUAUUAAAAAAAAUAAAAAGUAUGGAAAAUUGUCAAUCGAAUCAUUGAAAAGAGGUUUAGAAGAAGAAUUAGUUAGAUAUAUAAACAAAAUACAGUUAAAGCCAGAAUUUAAUAAAAAACUAUUUGCAUAUCAUCCUUUCCACUUUUAUGGUUUUAAUAUUGUAAAAAACACUCCUGAUGAUCUGAUUACCGUUUUAAAAGGAGAUGAUCAGAUUUUUUGUAAAGUACUAAAAGAUACAGGUUUUAAAUUUGAUAUGUAUGUAUACUAUGAUGACAUAGAACAAUAUGGACAUAUUAUAUCAAUUAUAAAUGAGUUGAACGAAGAUGAAAUCUUAUGUGACAGUAUAAGUGAAGAAGAAAGAGAUAUGCUACAUCCGAUUGAAGAGUUACAAUUUGUAAAUUCUCCAGUAGUUGGAGGAAAAAAAUUUGAUGAAGUAACUAAGUAUUCUUAUGAAUUUGGAUGUACAGGGAAUGCGCCCGCAAGCGACGUCGAAAAUGUUUAUGCAAGCCUUAUUUUAGUGUUUUCCAAAAAAGAGACGAUUCCAUUAAAGCAUGUUUCGAAAGAAAAUUAUUGUGAACUAGAAAACAUAUCUGACAAAUCUGAUAACUUUGAUGAGAAUCAAGAUUCAAAGUCGCCGACGGCACAAAAGUUCAAAAAACGUAGAAACAUUUAAGGCGCCCUUUAAGAUAAACUUAUUUAGAAGAAACAUGAAUACUGAUAAAAGUAAACUUAAGUUCUUAUAAAUUAUGUGUCAACUGUUAGUUUUAUCUCAUCUUAUUAA